AUGACCGAGAUCUCCUACUACGAUCAGCGAACAAAGAACCUCCACGUCAAGUUCGCUCUUUCGCCGCAAGCCAAGAAGCUCCUCAAGAUCGUUGACGACGUCCAGGUUGGCCGCGUUGAUGACUCUGAGCUAGGUCGCAUGAUCCGACAGUCGCCUGCUUAUCGGCAUGUCAUAUCGGAGACAAUAUCGAGCAUUGCCAUAUCCAUCGCGCAAAACCCACAAGACGCCGAGGCGGGUGCUACUUUGAUCCGACUACUCACCAAGAUCUUGCAAAUCGCCGACACCAACGCCGAGACGAUGCUUCCUUUCAUGAAGUUCCCUCCGGAGAUUCGAGGUAUGAUCUACCGUCACUAUCUCCCCAAAGCGGGAUUCUACGGCAAGACCAAGGCUAUGUACCCGGCAGACAAGAAGACGAACUGCGCGUGUAGCCACGAGGUACCAAACAGCUGGCAGAGAAAGACGUGGAAGAGUGACGAGCUAGCCCUCGCACUCGUCUCCUCGACGGUCCGUCAGGAGUUCAUGACCGCGUUCUACCGAGAUCGACUGUUCUUCUUCAACUGCACAUGCGAGAUGGAGCACUACCUGAGCACAAACGACGCACUGAGGCGCAACGUGGGGAGUAUCAAGUUCCACUGGUGCGGCCCUCGAGCCGUUACGGCCUUCAAGUUGCUGAAGCGCUGCCUGAACUUGACGAGCCUGACGGUGAUGCCAUCGAUGGCGACCACGCGCUGGCUGACGAAGAGGCAGCAAUUCUUUGGCAAAUUCUUCACCCAGUCUGGCGUUCGCGCGCGCCUGACUGACGCACUUGGCAUCGAUGAGCUUGUCGAGCUGCGUGGCUACAGCAAAGUUAGUGCCGUCCACUGUGGCACCCGCGUCAGCUUCCGUCGUACGAACGAAGAGCUUGCAAACCUGCACGCUCUGCUAAACAGUGCCUUGAAGCAGGAUAAGGAGGCCGACUAUGACGAAGACGAAGUGGAGUACUAG